CCGCGUACUUGUACUGCGCUGCAGUUUUUUUUUAGUUCACUUCAUGUGAUAAAAAAAAGAAAACCUUCAGACUCUAGGAAAAAGCGCGCGGCUCUCCUGUUUCCGAUCUACGUGAGCUAGCAGUGCCACGUGAUGUUGUGACGUCAGCAGGUCCUUACCGGGUAAAGUAUUUAGCCUUUACCGCGGCGGGAACCCAGAGGAGCUUCCUACUAAGCCGAGAAGGCCGCAUAAGCGCUUACAGUGCCAUGGCGGAUAAGGAGGCUGCGUUUGACGAUGCGGUGGAGGAGCGAGUCAUAAACGAGGAGUACAAGAUCUGGAAGAAGAACACCCCUUUCCUGUACGACUUGGUGAUGACCCAUGCCCUGGAGUGGCCUAGUCUAACAGCACAGUGGCUUCCUGAUGUCACCAGACCUGAAGGGAAGGAUUUCAGCGUUCACCGAUUGGUUCUGGGGACCCACACCUCGGACGAGCAGAACCACCUGGUCAUUGCCAGCGUCCAGCUCCCCAAUGAUGAUGCCCAGUUUGACGCCUCUCAUUACGACAGUGAGAAAGGAGAGUUUGGAGGCUUUGGCUCAGUAAGCGGGAAAAUAGAGAUUGAGAUAAAAAUAAACCAUGAAGGAGAAGUGAACAGAGCUCGAUAUAUGCCCCAGAACCCAUGCAUCAUUGCAACAAAAACCCCAUCUAGUGAUGUUCUUGUGUUUGACUACACCAAACACCCAUCCAAACCAGAUCCCUCUGGUGAAUGUAACCCUGAUCUCCGGCUUCGUGGUCACCAAAAGGAAGGAUAUGGAUUGUCCUGGAAUCCUAACCUUAGUGGAAACCUACUUAGUGCAUCUGAUGACCAUACAAUUUGCUUGUGGGAUAUCAGUGCAGUGCCCAAAGAGGGCAAGGUGGUUGAUGCAAAGACAAUUUUCACAGGACACACUGCAGUGGUUGAAGAUGUUUCUUGGCACUUAUUACAUGAAUCCCUGUUUGGAUCUGUAGCAGACGACCAGAAACUUAUGAUAUGGGACACCCGAUCAAACAACACAUCAAAACCUAGCCAUUCUGUGGAUGCUCACACAGCUGAGGUCAACUGUCUUUCUUUCAACCCCUACAGUGAGUUCAUCUUAGCUACUGGGUCUGCAGACAAGACUGUGGCAUUGUGGGAUCUGCGGAAUCUGAAACUGAAGUUACAUUCCUUUGAGUCCCAUAAAGACGAAAUUUUCCAGCAGGUACAAUGGUCCCCACACAAUGAAACUAUUCUGGCGUCUAGUGGUACUGAUCGGAGGCUGAAUGUCUGGGAUUUAAGUAAAAUUGGAGAAGAACAGUCUCCAGAGGAUGCUGAAGAUGGCCCUCCUGAGUUGCUGUUUAUUCAUGGAGGUCACACAGCAAAGAUCUCAGAUUUUUCAUGGAAUCCUAAUGAGCCUUGGGUUAUAUGUUCAGUAUCUGAAGACAAUAUCAUGCAAGUUUGGCAAAUGGCAGAGAAUAUCUACAAUGAUGAAGAUACAGAGGGUGGUGUAGAUCCAGAGGGGCAAGGCUCCUAGUUGUAACUAUGAUAUAAAUACCUCUUUUGUUCCCAUUUCCCCUGGUGCAAUCUAGUGGCGUCUCACUCCAGAUAUGUCUCUUUAUCCAGCACUUGGACAAUGACCUUCCUGUUCUGCAAGCUCAGUCCUCUCGUUCACCUCAACUUGCUUUUAUUCAUCUUAGUCAGAAAAUACACUUCCAUUUUAUUUUAUAUAUAAAUAUUUUAUACAAAAAUGUCAUUUUUAACUGAGUACAAUGGCGGUUUUGUUUCUUUUUGAUUUUAACAAAGCAAGGAGAGGAGUAAAUGAGAGCUUGUCAGGCACUGUGCCUUCAGGUGCACCUCCUUUGAUUUGAAGAGUCUUGGACCAGGCAGCUUCAUGCAAACAUUCCUUAUAUUUUUCCACUGGAAAAGUCAACUUUGCUCCUAUUACUAUCUAGGAUGAGCUCUUUUUAAGCCCUUUCCCCCAGUGCAUUUUUUUUUGUUUGAAGUAUGUAUUGUACUUUAGACUUGUCAUCCACUACUUAGUUGUGCUUAAUUUUUACGGGGGCACUGUAAUAUCCUUUUGUAUUUGUGUGGAUUUGCUGUCUGUGUUGCACAUCUCCUUUUUACAGUGGAUGAGCACCUCAUAUGAAAUAAAUAGAUUUCAAUUGUUUUCUA